GAACAGGGUCCUGAGCUGAGAAAACAUUCAGAGAGUAAAUUCCAAAAGACAUUAAAAAAAAAGUCUCCUUUAAUAUUUGCGACUGAAGUCCAGAAGACCAUGGAGAAGCCUCCUGCCUCUGCUGUGGUGUUUCAGCUGCUUGCUUUGCUUGUCUCACAGCUGCCACAUCUGGCACUCGCCGCCUCCAAGGACAUCGUGUGUGAGCCCAUCACGGUGCCCAUGUGCAAAGGCAUUGGCUACAAUCUCACCUACAUGCCCAACCAGUUCAACCAUGACACGCAGGAAGAAGUGGGAUUAGAAGUGCAUCAGUUUUGGCCUCUGGUUCGGAUACGUUGCUCUCCGGAUUUGCUGUUUUUCCUUUGCAGCAUGUACACGCCGAUCUGCCUCCCCGACUACAAAAAGCCUUUGCCGCCAUGCCGUUCUGUCUGCGAGCGGGCCAAGAAGGGCUGCUCGCCUCUCAUGAUCCAGUACGGGUUCGAGUGGCCUGAGCGUAUGAGCUGUGAGCAGCUCCCCAUGCUGGGUGACCCGGACCGGCUGUGCAUGGAUCAGAACAGCAGUGAGACUACCACUCUGUCACCCUCGUUCCCCAAACCUACGCCCAAGGGCCCAAACAGGCACCGAGCCACGGUAAAAUCUGGCAUGUCUCAGAAGUGUGACCGGGAGUGCCGCUGUCGCGAACCUUUGGUCCCGAUCAAGAAAGAGGCUCAUCCGUUGUACAACCACGUGCACACAGGUUCACUGCCCAACUGUGCUCUUCCUUGCCACCAGCCCUAUUUUUCCCAGGAUGAACGUGCUUUUACAACCUUCUGGAUCGGUUUGUGGUCUGUACUGUGCUUCAUUUCUACCCUCACCACCGUGGCCACAUUCCUUAUCGACAUGGAGCGCUUUAAGUACCCUGAGCGGCCCAUCAUUUUCCUGUCCGCUUGCUACCUUUUUGUGUCACUGGGCUACAUUGUGCGCUUGCUGGCGGGACAUGAACGGGUGGCGUGCGGUGGCUCUGGUGACCAGCAGCACAUCUUGUAUGACACCACAGGCCCGGCCCUGUGCACGCUGGUCUUCCUGCUCGUCUACUUCUUCAGCAUGGCUAGCUCCAUCUGGUGGGUGGUGCUGUCGUUCACCUGGUUCUUGGCCGCAGGAAUGAAGUGGGGAAAUGAAGCCAUUGCUGGCUACUCGCAGUACUUUCAUCUGGCAGCCUGGCUGGUGCCCAGCGUCAAGUCUAUUGCCGUUCUGGCUCUCAGCUCAGUCGAUGGAGACCCUGUUGCUGGAAUCUGCUACGUAGGCAACCAGAGUCUGGAGAGCUUGCGUGGCUUUGUGCUCGCACCUCUAGUAGUCUACCUCUUCUCCGGGUCACUCUUCCUGCUGGCUGGUUUCGUGUCGCUCUUUCGCAUCCGCAGCGUCAUCAAGCAGGGUGGCACCAAGACGGACAAGUUGGAGAAGCUGAUGAUUCGCAUCGGCCUGUUCACCGUGCUCUACACUGUGCCAGCCACCAUCGUAGUGGCAUGCUUAGUCUACGAGCAGCACUACCGGCCUGGCUGGGAGCAGGUUCUCGCCUGUACCUGUCCCUCCGAACGCCAGCAGCUUGGUCUGGGGCCCGAAUAUGCAGUCUUCAUGCUCAAGUACUUCAUGUGCUUGGUGGUGGGCAUCACCUCCGGCGUGUGGAUCUGGUCAGGAAAGACAGUGGAGUCAUGGCGCAGGUUUGCAGCGCGCUGCUUCCCAUGCAGGGCCAGAAAGCCGCACGCCUCGGCUUCCUCUAUGUACAGUGAAGCUAGCACGGCAUUAACUGCUCGAGCCGGAUCAGCACCGCCCGGAUCCUACCACAAAUCAGCUCCGCCGUCGCAUGUCUGAGCAGCGAACAGCUACCGAGCAAACGGAUCCACCUGGAUUUAACAUAAGGAUCUUCACAAACUGCCAAGUAGCUCAGCGCUUCAGUUCUACGUAUGCAGAUAAAAUAACGAUCAAAUGGGAUUUAGACUUUUGAACGAAGGAAUUAACUGGAGAACGAACUCCUGGCUCAAGUAAUGCUGGGAAAAAAAUAUAUAUAUCACAGGAGCUCCAAGACACUCUGUUCUACUUAACGAUUCUUGUGGGCAUGUUAUUUAUUUGUGUAUGUAAAUAUUUGCUCCUUUUGCAUUUCGCAGCUCCAGCUGUGUGUGUUUGUGCUUUUAUAAUGGAAACCAGAGGUGGAACAUUUUGACGAUAUUGAGACCUUGUUUAAUUUUAAAUUCCACAACCAGUCAUCAAGCGUGUUUAGCUGGGAAACGAUAAGUGCUGUGGUGGAGAGUUUGUUUGGAAAUACACAAAAAACUCCUGUAAUAGAAUAGAAUUGUGAAGAGGAAUUGAGAAAUGAUGGGGAAAUGUCAUUGAAUACAGGAUCUCCAGGCAUCCUGAGCACACGCACGCUGGAAUUAUACGUUGACUGGUUUUAUAGCAUGUGCUUUGGUUUUACGUGCACGGUUUGCUUUUGGUUUGCUCGGCAAGAUGAAUUUGGUAUACGCUGAAAAUAAACAGGGAACAGUCUGUAGAAUUUUUGUCGCAGAAAAUUUGCAACGAGACAAAAAAGAAACCAAACACCAAAACUAUAAAUCCUAGAAAUGAACUAGAAGUUGGAUAGAAAACUGCCUGGAAAUCAUGAUGGACUUGACAUCACUAAGCUUGACACCCACCUGGUGGUCAUUUCUGUUAUUGGGUUAAACUGGACCCCACACUUCAUCCCUGAUGGAUUUAAAGUGCCAUUCCACCAUUGGAUGUAUUCUUUGGCAUAAAAUACAAUAUAUUUUAUGACAACAUGA